AUGGAUUCGCAGGAGCUUCCAACCAAGAGAGCAAGGGUUGGACCAGACUUGAAGAUUACAGUUGAUGAUGGAGAGUUGGAAGUACACUCACUCAUUCUGGAGCUUGCCUCUCCCGUCUUUGCGAGCAUGCUCAACAGCUCCAUGAAAGAAGGCUAUGGGGCAACAAUUGAUUUGCCGGGUAAGCGCAAACGUGAGCUGGAGACAUUUUAUAAAUCCCUGCAACUUUGCAGCAUGGAACCUCUCACCAAAGAGACCGCCCGUUUCCUCACCCAGUGGGCGGAUGAGUAUCAGGUCGACCCUCUGAAGGCCAAAUGCGAUGAGUUUCUGAUGGGGGCCCCUGUGGAUGGCCCGGCCCUCCAGUUUGCAGUGAAAUAUGGGCUGCCCAGGCGGACAAAGCAAUGCCUCGAUAUCAUGAAAACGGACCUUGCGCAAAACAUUCAUCAGUUGCACGUCCUGACCGACAAGGACUGCGUGCAGCAUUUGGCGGACUUCUGGCCCCUGAUCAUUAGACAAGCAGGCGUUCCGUCUAUGGCAAUGCCAGCGCCGGAGGUCCUGAAAAGCAUGUGGCCGUUUCUGGCCCAAGCUGUGCGUUGCACCCCGCAGGCUGUGAAGUUUGCCAUUUUGGAGAAGGAGCUCAAGACCUUCCCUGGUAAACUUUAUAACCAUUUGCCCUCUUCCUCGCAGUCCGAUAGGAAGGGCGAGAUGUGGAUGACAGAACAGCUUCAACGAUUGAACGUGCUUUAA